CUAAGAUACUCCUGUGAUUUGAUUUCAUUUACUAUAAUUUCCCUUUUUGAAUCUUCUCUGCAAAUUAGGGCUUUUUGCGUAGCCAUGCCCAUGGAUAUGGGCUGAUUCCACCUUUGUCGUCGUUUCUAACUUCAUACCUUCAAGCUAGUUUUGCUCCAAUAUUCGCUGUGUUUUCUCCGAUUACUACAUAGGAUUCAAUGUAAAGAUCGUUGACGCCAUUAAACCUCUGAUGUUUGAACAAAGGUAUUGCUAGAAAAUAUACGUUGGUUGCAGAACUCAAGAGGUUGGUAAAAAUGGAAGGUGAAGAAGGAGAAGGGAUAAGACUUAGCAAGAGAUUCCCUUCGGAAAAAGGAGGAGAAGUCGAUUACAAGACCAAGUCAGGCACCGCGUGGAGCCACUCGUACCUGAACCAGAAGCCGUGGCACCCACUUUCCUAUCCUAACCAACGCCGCAAAUGGAUCGCCGAACAGACCCACGCCAAUCACGAACGCCGAGCCGAAGAGGUCGCUCGCGAGUAUGCUCAAGAACAAGAAUUCUUUCGCCAAGCUGCUAUGGUAUCCAAAAAAGAGCAAGAAAAGUUGGAGAUAAUGAAAGCUGUGAGCUUCAUGUAUGUUCGGCCACCGGGUUACAAUGCUGAAAGUGCUAAAGCAGCAGAGAUUGCUGAGGAAAGGAGAAUGGAGGAGCAAAACAACCCUAAUGCAGAUGAGGCCUCCGCUUCAAUACCGUCAGAAUCUAUACCGGCUAAAGCUGAAGAAAAGAAGAAACGAAGGCCAAAAGAUGUUUUCGGGCGCUCGUUGCCUACUGGAGAGGAAUUUGAAAUCUUGAAAAAUGCUCCACGGUUGGAGACUGGUGUUGCUGGAAGGGCUAAACCAUUUGGAGUUGAAAUACGCAAUGUUAAAUGUGUUAGAUGUGGAACUUUUGGUCACCAAAGUGGUGAUCGUGAAUGUCCAUUGAAAGAUGUUAUAAUGCCUAAUGAACAGAGCCGGUUGAAGAGAGAUGACCCCUUGACUGCGAUCCUUGCCCACAUAGAUCCUAGUGAGCCUCUAAAGUGGGAGCUAAAGCAAAAACCAGGCAUUAGUCCUCCCCGUGGAGGCUUUAAGUUAGAUGAUCCCAACCAACAAAUAGUUGCGGAGGAUAUAUUUGAUGAGUAUGGAGGCUUCCUCAGCGGAGGUAUCCCUGAGUUACUUACUAACUUCCCAGGCAAAUCUAAGGAUAAGUCCAGGAAGAAGAAAAAGCACAAAAGGCAAAUAUUAUCUCCUAAUGUUGAGGAGUCAGAGGAAAAUGAGUUUUCUUCUACUUCUGAGGACGAAGAAAGGAGAUCGAGGAAAAAGAAACAUGCAAAGAACAAGAAGAAAAGUAAAAAGAGGCGAAGUCAUUAUGAAACAAAUACUUCAGAUGUUUCAGAGUAUGAUGCGCAUAAUGAAAAGAGCAAUCACAUGGAUUAUCAUACAUCAGAAGAAUCUGAUGGCAACCGGCAUCAUCAUUCGAGUACCAAAAGCAAAAGCAGAAUAAAACUUCUGUAUGCAAAUUCCGAUGAUUAUAGGCAUGGUAGAAGUGACAGAAGCAGGCAUAAGAAGCUAACAUCAAAAGAGUCCGACUGUGAUAGGCAUCAUUAUAGCAGACACAAGCAGUCUUAUGAUUCAUCUGACGAUUCUGAUGACCAAUUUAGAAGUAAGAACAAGCAUAAGCGUUCUUAUUCACACCAAGAUUCAUACACUGAGAGACAGCAACGAAGUGGUAAACAUAGACAUAAAAGGGACCAUUUGAACUCCGACGAACGUCGGCAUCAUCACCACCAACGACACCAUCAUCACCAUCCUUAGUCUUGAGUCACAGAAAAUCAUUGUUAUUAAUGAAAACAGUUCUGCUUGAGCAAGUGCUAUAGGCUUUGAAGUGGAAUGGCAAUUCAAAUUAUUACUGUCAUUUUAGCGGGGCGGCUUAUCUUAUUCUGCCAAUAUCACAGGACAUAUUCAGUCAGUUCUUGCUCUUGGCCCCAACACAGACGCAAUAUUUGCCAAUGGCAAUUAACAAGAGUUGCAACACUAGGAAGUAUUGAAGCUUCCCAAAUCCGUUGCAAUGGUGAAUUUACUGAAAGAAUUAAUGUUUAGUUCAAGUAGAUAUAUACAUAAGUAAAAGGGUCUAUUCUUCCAAGUAUGUAGGGCAUAUUUAUUUUUGCCAACUUAUACACUAAAGCAAAAUAUUAAAUGUGGUACUGGCUGGGUUGAUUUAAGCUUUGUUUCAAAAGUGUUAUACAAGAUUUAUUAUUUCUUUUUUGCUUUUUUCAACUGAGAUUUUGUUUAAUAUAAGAUUUUAUUAGCGAA